GUCCCUCAAGCAAAAAUGGCGGACAGGUGUUAAAUCAUUGGCGCAGAAAAAUGUGAAAUCAUUUCCAAACAAAGAUCCUCAGAUUCCCUAAGAAUAACACUUAUCUCAUAUAAAGAACGCUUGCUGCUUUACAUUUUGCAAAGAAGUUUCCGACUCAUAAGUGAACAAGCGAAGAAGUCCUAUUCUAGAGAAAUGGCUGCACUACAACUUCCACCUGAAGAGCUUGUGGGUUAUUUGGCAGAGGAAGGGAAGGAUUACUGUGUAACGCAUGGCAUCGUUAUGGGAGCUAAGGAUUCUCGUCACGCGGUCCAUCAUGCGCCCUUCGCCCUUCUUCCAUCACCGUUUCCUAAGCGACUGUUCGCAGAAGCGAAAGAGGUGCAGAAAGAUUACAACUUGCUGGUUCACAGAGUCAGUCAAGAUCAUGAAUUCCUCAAGGGAGCUCUUCAAAGCACCAUAGAGGUUGAUGCAUUCACAGCCAAAAUAUAUGAAAUAUAUGAAAAAACAAGAAAUGAGGGACUUGCACAGCCAAUCUCAUUGGGAAUAUUUCGAUCUGACUACAUGCUGGAUGGUACCAAUGGAUUGUCAGAAAAUCUUACCCUUAAGCAAGUUGAAAUCAACACAAUUGCCUCUUCAUUUGGUGGACUAAGUGCACAGAUGCCAGGGCUUCACAAUUUUAUUUUAGAUCUUCAGAAUGGACUGGUGCCAAGUAAUAAAGAAAGGCUUCCUGAAAAUACAUCUGCUAUUGGUGUGGCUGAAGGAUUUGUAGAUGCCUGGAAACUCUAUGGAAGUGAAAAAGCAGUUGUGAUGAUGGUUGUCAGUGAAAAUGAGAGUAACAGAUUUGAUCAGAGAUGGAUACAACACCUCAUGAGAGAAAUCAAUCCAUCUGCACGUCUGAUUAGAAAAACCUUCAGCGACAUCGGAAGAACAGGAGAACUAAAGGAUGACAAAUCACUGAUUGUGGAUGGACAUGAAGUUGCUGUUGUGUAUUUCAGAGCUGGAUAUGAUCCAGACAAUUAUGAAUCAGAAGUGGACUGGAACACUCGUUUGAUGAUGGAAAGAUCCAGAGCUAUCAAGUGUCCAUCUGCUGCAAUUCAUCUUGCUGGUACAAAGAAAGUCCAACAGGUGUUAGCAUCACCUGGGGCAUUGGAAAGAUUUGUAUCAGAUGAGGAUAUGUUAAACAGGAUACGUCGGACCUUCACUGGACUCUUUACACUGGAUGAGGGACCUGAAGGAGAUAAAACUGUACAGAUGGCUUUAGCAGAUCCUGAUAGAUUUGUUUUGAAGCCACAAUUGGAAGGGGGAGGGAAUAACAUCUUUGGAGAGGACAUUAUCAAAACUCUUACUUCAACGGUUGAUGUGAAGGAACGAUCCAAAUUCAUUUUGAUGAACAAAAUUAAACCACCAAUCGUCAAGAACUACAUAGUUCGUGCAGAACUUCCUGAACCAGUCUUAGCUGACGUGCUCAGUGAGAUUGGAUGUUUUGGAGUACUCAUAAAUCGUGGUGAUGAAGUGUUAGUGAACAGAGAGGUUGGACAUCUCAUGCGAACCAAAAGCACCGUACAUCAAGACGGAGGGGUUUCUUCAGGACGAGCCAAUCUGGACAGCCCCUAUUUGGUUUAACUGUCUACCAUCAAGGGACCUUUUAGUUACCUGAUAACAUGCGAAUCUUCACAGCUCUUAUUUAAUUUAACUGUGAAACAUCAAGGGACCUUUUCUUCACCUGAUAAUUUGAAAUUUAGAUAGUAUUUUCGGUGAAGUUCGUAAUCAUUAUACGCCUUAGUUACCGCAUAAUGUGCCAAAUGAAUUUAAAUACCCCUUUUUGAUGAAUCUUUUCACAAUUGAAGAACCCCUUAUUUAAUUUGUUAUUUAACUUGGUGUUUCAGUAGUAGAUAGCGCGUUGUAGAAUUUCUCGAGUCUACAUUUUCUUGAAUUUUUUAAAUAGACCAUGAUGCUACUUGCUCUUUGUAUACAACUUUGUUCCUCAAUGCACUCAUAGUCAACUAUGUAGAAAAUAGUUGCAUGAUAUUUAGGCUUCAUUGUUAUUAUUACGGUCCUAACAUUCUUAAAUUGCUAUACAGAUGAUUGGUUAAUCAACUGAUAGACCAGUCAAUCACUUAUUAAACUGAAAGAAGUAAGAUUACUUUUGAAAAUUUAUAGAAUAAAAAAUCUACUACUUGUACCCAGUGUUUAGCGGUAACAAAAGUACAAAGCUAGCCGGGCUUGUGUUAAUCAACUGAAUGAAUAAAGGGAUGAGUUUCGAAAGAAA